AUGAGCAAGAACCUCUGGCUGCCCUUCUGGCUCAACAUCGCCCUCCUACUCUGCGCAAUACCAACAAUCAGCUUACUCCCCAACACCACGAGCCCUCGACACACCACCAGAAACCCCAUGCCCGGACCCGUAGAGGAAAUAGAAGAAGCCGGGCCCUUACUCGACAACACAGAUACCAGCCCAACCCGCUACAGCACCGCUUUCAAGCCCCCACCCACCAUCUACCAAACCAUCACCCAGACCCUCCAUCGACUACGUGAUCUAGUGCUUGGGAGAUAUAACUUCCAGGUCCUCUUGGUGACUUUCUUCUUCACUGCACUAGCAAGUUCCGACACAAAGCUCCUCGUUCAAUACAUUUCCAAACGCUACAACUGGACCUUCGCGCAAGCGGGAUACCUGCUCUCGGCCAAAGCACUCGUGAACCUCACGUUGCUGGUGGUAGUUGUCCCCCGGCUUAUCCGCACGUCGAUGUCGGCGAAAGCUGUGAGGGGUGAUGUUAGAUUGAACGUGAUGGGCGCGAGGGUAAGUAUUGCAGUGUCGGUGCUGGGUGUGCUUUGUAUAGCUGUGGCCGGAAAGUUCUGGAUGUUGCUUACUGGUACGUUCUCUCUUGCGUUCCCGUGA